AUGCAUUGCUCCAAGCUGACCCACGACGAUGAAUUCUGGCUCAACGACGGAACCAUUGUUCUCGUAUGUCAAACCAUCGGCUUCCGAGUCUACCGUGAAUUGCUUGCCCAUCAGUCCCCUGUGUUCGCCAAUAUGCUCGAAUCCUCAACCCCAAGCUCAGAAGAAAGCUACCAAGGCCUCCCAGUUGUCCAACUGUCCGACAGCCCCACCGACCUGCGCCACUUCCUCGGGGCUUUGCUGCCCAAACGGCACAUCUUGUGCGCAGAAUGUAGCUACUUGUCGCGGAUGCUCAUUGAUAAACUCUUUAUCGCUGCCACCAUCCGUCUGGCCCACAAGUACGACGUCUCAAGCCUCCUCCUCCAAGCCCUCGAGCCCCUCAAAGAGUACUACGCCGUGACAUUUGACGAAUGGUGCAAUCCCCACGCAAGGUACGCACUCAGUGUCGACACAAGGUCCUGUGCCAUCGCUGCGGUCAACCUCGCCCGCCUCACGGAUACCCCCUCUGUGCUUCCCCUCGCGCUGUACGAUUGCUGCUUGCUCGGAAGCGCGAUCCUGGACGGCUGGCAAAACGAGGACGGCGUCACGGAGCACCUCAACACCGCCGACCUCCGCCUGUGCCUCGAUGCGCGGGAGCGUCUCGCACAGAAGAACGUGUUGGCGUUCUUCUCCGUCUACGCGGUCGCCGUCGAGGUGGAGUGCCGGAACCGGUCGGGGUGCGAGAAGACGCUGCGAGGGAUGGUGCAGGCAGGGCAGGCGGGGGUGGGCAAGUGCGAGAUUUUGGUGGAUCUGCUUCUACCUCAUCCCCCGAUGUGCGAUGCUUGCGAGCGUGCAUUGGCGGGGCGCGCUCGGCUAGAGCGGAGGAGAUUGUGGGAGAGGUUACCGGAGAUCUUGGGCGUGGAGGUGGACCGGUGGGACGCCAUAGUUUCGUGA